AUGCGCCACCUAGCGGCUGCGGCGACCGGACCAACACUUAACGCUGCCUUGUGCGCGCAUGCGUCCGAGGAGUGUUGGCAAAUCCCUCCUUUAAAACAUAUCCAGGCCCCUUCCACCGCGUUAGCCAUUGAGAAACAGCAGCCAGGGCCCUCCGCUAUGGGUCUCAACAAAGGCCACCAAGUGACAAAGACCGUGAGCAAGCCGAGGCACAGCCGCUGCUGCGGGCGCCUCACCAAGUGCACCAAGUUCGUGCGGGACACGAUCCGAGAGGUGUGUGGCUUUGCCCCCUAUAAACGGCGCGCCAUGGAGCUGCUCAAAGUUUCUAGGGUCAAGCGGGCCCUGAAAUUCAUCAAGAAAAGGGUGGGGACACACAUCCGUGCCAAGAGGAAGAGAGAGGAGCUGAGCAAUGUCCUUGCAGCCAUGAGGACGGCAGCAGCCAAGAAGGACUGA